UUAAGUGCACGUUUUGAUUCGCUGUUAUAUGGGGAAACAUCUAAUUUAAGUUUUAUUUUGGGGGGGCAACUAAGUAAACAUAACAUUUUUAAUACAAAUCAGAUUUUGUUUAUCUGUUUACUAGGUUCAGUAUCCUAAUUGAAUGAUCGAGUUACCCGGUCAGGGCCGCGUCAAUCAACUCGGCGGUGUCUUCAUUAACGGCCGACCGCUGCCGAAUCAUAUACGUUUGAAAAUUGUCGAAAUGGCCGCUAAUGGCAUAAGACCUUGUGUGAUCUCACGUCAGCUACGCGUCUCGCAUGGUUGUGUAUCGAAAAUAUUAAAUCGUUACCAGGAAACCGGUUCAAUACGACCGGGUGUGAUAGGCGGUUCGAAACCGAAAGUUACAUCGCCGGAAAUCGAAGCGCGCAUUGAGGAGUUGCGCAAGGCCAAUCCGGGCAUAUUCAGUUGGGAGAUACGCGAGAAGCUGAUCAAGGAGGGCUUCACCGAUCCGCCAUCCACAUCGUCCAUCAGUCGUCUAUUGCGAGGUAAUGAUCGUACCAGUGAAGACGGACGCAAGGAUUAUAGUAUACACGGCAUUUUAGGUGGACGCGACUCAGAUAUCAGCGAUACCGAAUCGGAGCCUGGCAUACCGUUGAAACGUAAACAGCGUCGUUCGCGCACCACCUUUACGGCCGAACAAUUGGAGGCGCUCGAACGCGCCUUCACACGCACACAGUAUCCAGAUGUGUAUACACGCGAGGAACUCGCACAGACCACGGGCCUCACCGAAGCGCGCAUACAAGUGUGGUUUAGUAAUCGGCGCGCGCGUCUACGCAAACAUUCCGGCGGCUCCGGCACCGGACUCUCACCCAUGAAUGGGGGCGGCAGUGGCGCUGGUGUGCCGGGUGGCGUGGGCGGCGGUGCGGCUGGCACAGCGCCACUCGGUUUCGGGCCACUAGCCGCAGUCGGUUCCAUGGCGGGCUAUAGUCCCGCCGCUGCCAGUACAGCCAGCGCGGGCAUGAAUGAGAAUCAUGCGGCGCAUGCAGCGGCGGCUGCGGCCGCAGCAGCUGCGCAUCAUCCACACCAUCACACGCAGAUGGGCGGCUAUGAUUUGGUGGCGCAGUCGGCGCAACAUGGUUUCGCCAGCAGUUUUCAACAUGGGCACUUCGGCGGACAAAAUUACUAUCAUCAAGAUUACUCCAAGCUCUCAAUCGAUGACUUCUCUAAGCUGACGCUGGAGAAUGCUUCGAAAAUUUCUCCAUCACUCUCACAUCUAACCGGCGAAAACUACUCGAAACUGGACUCCACCACGAAUUGGUCACAAGCCGCUUACCAUCUGAAUCAGUCGGCAGCAGCGGCCGCCAAUUACAAUGCUGCCGCCGCUCAUCACGCGCAUGCGGCUGUCGCUCAACACACGCUCAAUGAUUAUGCGGCGGCAGGCGCUGCUGCAGCGGCGCACAACAAUCAGCUGAACAGCGCGGCAGCAGUCGCCGCGGCGGCUUAUAAUCAUCCGCUGCCCACGCAGGCGCAGGCAAAGUAUUGGUAGUGCAUUUGUGGCGUUGUGUAACUGUAGUGGAAGGUAGUAGUUUUUGAAUCAUGAACUGGAGGUUAACUGCAAGUUUUGGAAUGUAAAAUUUGGUGAAAUAUUUGUAUGUAAAAUUCAGGGUUUCUCACCAGCUUAGAAUGAUUUUUACGUUUCGUGCACCUCUAGCAUAUUUUUGGUGCUCACUUUAUGCCAGUGGCAAAAAUGUCCUAAAAACUUAUUAGUUGAUUUGACAAGCUUAUAAGUAAAGUUUGAUUAAGAGGACGAUCUAUGAGGGAUCUCACUUACGCAGCUUAGAUAAUCGCACCGUCGUGGUAUCUAAAACUCUUAAAAGUAGAUCAUAAGAGCCUUACAGUUCGACAAGGUGCUUUGAGUCCAUCAUAAAUUUGUUGAAACGCCUUAUUGCAGUUUCGGCUUUGUCUACUGGUUCGUCGAAGAUAAGACUGCCGAGAUGUUUCAGCCUCAGUCUUGCAAAGGCUGUACAAUAGACGUAAAAGUGCCGGGAUGUUUCCACCUCAUCCUCCUUCAUACAACUUUGACAACUAGCGUCAGACAAGGUUUUAGGCUUCACCGCAUGAAUAUCUAUUGUCCAGUAAGAACUCCUACGAUAGCCGCAAGUUAAACUUUGCUCUGGACAAGUUAUUCAGUAGAUCACUUACAUUCUACGAGCUUGUAAGUUCAAUCGAUUUUUUUAGCUUCCUGUAGCUUUUUGAAUUUUCUUGUUACAACGAGAUACUUUUGCUCUGACAGGACAUCAAAAUUCAUGAAGUAUUGUUGAAAUGAAGCCUCUUGCUCUGAAUAUCGUCGCAUAAGUUUACAGACGAAGGAAAAACGAUAUAAUAGAAACCAAUCAUAUUGAAACAAAAUUUGAGUUUUGGUUAUAAAAUGGUUAUAUAUGGGUUAUAUAUGGGUUGUAUAUGGGUUAUAUAUUGGUUAUUGGUCUGACAGCGGCAGCAAAUCGUAAGCAAUAAAAAACUCAGUUUCGAUUUUUAUGAUGAUAGGUUUAGGUUCGAUAAUGCUCUAUUAAAAUGUGAUGCUGAUAACAAGAAAAAAAUAUUGGGUAACUUAACUCUCUCAUUUCGAGUGCUGAUUUAUAUCUCCUUCUGUAAUUCUUUAAAUUUAAGAGUGUAGAGCAAUAAACGUUUCAAAAACCUUAAAAUUAAAACUUUAACCAGUAACCAGUAAAUUUUACCAGUAACCAGUAAAUUUAACCGUUAAGAUAACCGUUUUGCUUAACUGGUUGGUUAAUAUGACUGAAUUUAGUGACUUGAGACCGCUAAGUUGGGCAAUUUGAUAUCCGCUGGUGAAGGAAACAUUAUGGAGACCUUUUUUGUUGACAGAAAAAAUCUAAAAAAUCCAGUUUAGACAAGCUGAAGCCUCUUUAAAAUUGUUAGACCCUCCAUUAAAAGUAUUAUGACAACUUGCUAAAAUAAAAAAAAACUCAAAUUUGUCAUUAGCUGUCUUCGAUUCGCCAUUUAACUGCACGCAUUCGUCACAAAACAUGCGCAGGUUUGAUUAAAAAGUGCUGCCCGUUUGUUUGAGUAUUUGCUUUAUUCGGUAGUCGAAGAAGUCUUUUCGUAUUUCUAAUCAAACUUCAAAUAGGUCGUUCGUUUGGCUGGUGAGUAACGCUUGGCGCAUCGAAAAUACCAACAAAAUCUACUUUUCAUCAUUCAAAAAAAAAAGAAAAACUCAUUCUAAUGAAAAAAUCUAAAAAAAAAAAUAAAAAAUGUACAGUAGCUAGCAUAAGCAGUUUACAGCAUAUAUGUAUGUAGCAAAGGUUUACAAACUCCUCACUUGUAUACACACUAUUAUUGCCCACUGUGUUAAUUAAAAUGUUUGUUAAACUGUCAAUUCAACACUUUAAUUUAAUUUGUAUUCAUUACUUAAGCAGAAUUGCAUAAGAAAUAAUUAUGUAAGUGCAUAAAUAAGUAAAAAAUUGUACAAUAUUAUUGUCUGCUGCAUUUUUGUCCCAUUAAUUUAUAAAUCAAGUGUAAUUAAAAUUCAAUUAACAUUUUAUUAGUUAAGUCAAGUGUAACUUAUGGCCAAGGCCAAGCAGUUUGCAAAUAAAGGUCGCAAUAAAAGUGCUGCAGCCGAGGCGGUGAGGUCGCUAGGCUGAUUGGAGGCCGUUUGCGCCACCCUGUGUUAGCCGCUGCCGCAUUGCUUGAGCCAAGUGAGCCUGAUCACAAAUAUA